AUGCCAAAGAACGGGAAAGGACCGCUCAAAGUGCACAUCGGAUUCUAUGUUGAAAGUCUUGGAAACUUCAGGUCGACGGAAAUGACUUUCGACAUGGAUCUCUACCUGUAUAUGACUUGGCAAGAUACUCGCAUGAGGCACAAUGGUAACGAUUGGGUGUUGAUAGACGAUAAGUCUGUUUUGGAUCAAAUCUGGCUACCCGACCUUUACUUUGCCAAUGCAAGAACUGCUUACUUCCACGAAGUGACCGUGCACAAUUUCAAUAUGUUCAUCUCUCCCAAUGGAACGAUAGCUUAUGGCACAAGGGUCACACUUAAUCUGGGUGAGCAGCCAUUUCUACCCACUUUUACUGUGUUUGGAGUAACUGAAUGA